ACAAAUUUCAGCAUAUUUCCCUCCCAAAAGAACCGCCAAAACCUUCACUUUCAUUUCGAUAAAUUCCACACUAGCGGUUUGCACUUCUCUCUCUCUCUCUCUCUCCCGCGCAAGUCUCAACCCUAUUUGUCUACACGGAAAUGCGAUGUAUCCCAGUAGCAGAAAAAGGAGAGCCGAGACCCAGAUAAUCAACCAAGAAAACGAACCAGACGAAACCCAAGAAGAAGAUGAAACAGAAGAAGAUCCUCAAAUGAUCGAUACAAUACCAGAUCUCCCGACCCACAUCGUCUUCGACAUCCUUUCACGACUCCCAAUCAAGACCCUCUUCAAUUGCCACCGCGUUUGUAAGGACUGGCUCUCUCUCAUCUCCGACCCUCGUUUCGCCAAACUCCAUCUCUCUAGAUCACAGGUAUGCCUCUUGGUCAAACCCAUCACCGAACGCUACCAGUCAAGGAAACUCAACUUGGUCGAUCUCCGGAUUGCGACCUAUGCUCGCCCUCGCGAGUCUAGGAUCAAACUAGUCCCCAAAAUCAACCUCCCCAAAGACCCCAAAAUUGCUUUUAACAUUGUAAAUUCCUGUAAUGGGUUUCUAUGUUUGUCUGAGCCCGCAACCGAUGACCCCAUUUAUGUUUGCAAUCCAAUUUUGGGGGAGUACAUUACCCUUCCAAAAUGCUCUAGCGGCAAAACUGUUUCCAGCUGUGCUUUUGGUUUUAGCCCUGUGACUGAUCAAUACAAGGUAGUUCGGUCCUUCCGCAAUGGAGACUAUCAUGAGGUGGAGAUAUAUACAUUGGGUGAAGGGUUUUGGAGAAACAUAGGAAACGACCCAUAUGGAGUGAAACCUAGGUUUGAUUCCUCGUUUGAUACAUUCGUCAGUGGAUCUCUUCAUUGGUUUGCUUUCCACUAUCGUAAUCCAGACUUAAUUAAUUGUUUUGACUUUACAAGUGAGCAAUUUCAAGCAGUUCCUGGACCUUCGGGGUUUUGUGAGAGUCAGAAGGAAUAUAUGCGCCUUGGAGUGCUACAAGGUUGCCUCUCUAUAUGUGAUUUUUCAGACGGUGAUCAUGUCGAUAUAUGGUUGAUGAAGGAUUAUGGAGUGAAGCAGUCGUGGAGCAAGGACUUUUACAUUGUUUAUAUGAUAAAUGAAACUAAAAUCUACGACUAUUAUGAGCCGAUUAUGGUUUUGGAGAGUGGAUUGAUCUUGAUGUUAGUUAAUGAGGAUUCUCUUUUGGUGUAUGAUCCUGUGUUGGAACACUAUGAGGAUAUUCACAUUUAUGGGAUUGCAUCCAUGUUCCGUGGAACUGCUCAUGUUCCUAGCUUGGUUUCACUCGGGGAUAUUGCAAGAGGAGAAAACCUAAAGGAAGCACUUGGGUUCUUGGUUUCUUACAUGCUUGGCCAGAAAGCUUCUCAACCUCAUGCUUUCUGGUCAUGGAGUGUGAAACAGAUCAGUGGAUCAGUAGUAAGACAUGCAAUUGAGAAAUCAAUGGCUUAUCAACAAAAAGAUCAAGGAAUAAGAAACCAAUGGGAAUGUUUCUCGUGUCUGUACCUUAUCAUACACAGAAAUGUUUCUCGUGUAUGUACCCACCGCCGGCAUGCACAAACAUUGUUAAUAUAGUAUUUUGCCCUUUGUUCUCGUAGAUAAUUUUGCCUAAUUCCUUCCAAACCUGCUGCUGUAGUUGAAACCUAACCUUUGUGCAUGUAAGAAGCCACUCCUUCACCUGGGGAAACAUUCAUUAAGAGCUCACCUGGCAUGACCUAGAUAUAGACAUCACUCACUUUGGCGCUUUUGGCUGAUUAUAAACCGUUGACCUAUUUCUAGUUUUUGACAAGUAAUGCAACCAAAAAGAAAACAUAGAAAUAGCCAGGCAAAUUUAUCUCUGUCUUAACUUGUUUACCUACAUUCCAAUGGUAUAGAUGUGCUUUUUUAUAUUUACACUCCAAUGGUACAGAUGUGCAGAGCCUGAGGCCUCAGCAACUUUUUGGGAGGAAGAACGAAUAAACAGAUCCAUUUCAACGAUAAGUCAGAAAGAGAGUGCAUUUUGGGUAUACUGGAGCAGGGACUUCUUGAAAUGUUCAACCAACCAAGACUGCAUUUGGCUGUUUCAAGCACAUUAGCAAGUUAGAAUCUGGUAAAUUUGCUGUUUUUUUUUUUUUUUUUGUUCGAUCAACCCCAUGUAACAAC